AGCAUACCGCUAUCUGGUGCACGUACGACUGAACGGAAUCAAAAUAUUGGAAACCGGCGAAAUCCGUGUGCGCAAGGACUUGUUGGUAUUGUCGACAUCAUUUGAUUUUCAAACCAUCCCAAUAUGUCAGGACGAGAAGGAGGAAAGAAGAAACCUUUAAAAACCCCUAAGAAAGAAAAUAAAGAAUUGGAUGAAGAUGAUCUCAAAAUGAAACAAAAAUUAAAGGAACAACAAAAAGCAUUAAAUGAUCUUAAAACAAAAGCUGCCCAGAAAGGACCGAUGGUCGGUGGAGGAAUUAAAAAAUCUGGCAAAAAAUAAUUUUUGAAAUGUUAUUUUUUUACAGCCAACUAUAACUGUAUGUACACUUCAAACUAAAAUAAAAAUGUAAUUGUAAUAUUUAUAACAAUUUAA